AUGGUUGAAAACCCUGAAGCUCAAACUGUGGCAAAUGAGGAAGAAAAACGGGAAGCAAUAGAAAGCUAUUUUCUUGCAGGAUAUGAGUACGAAACGAUUUUAUAUUUUUUGUCGAAAUAUCAUGGCAUUAAUCAUUCAAUGUCAACACUGAAAAGACGGCUAAGGGAAUAUGGCCUGAAAAGGAAAAAUGCUGUUGACAUUGAUGAUAAUGAUAUCGUUGAAGCCAUUCACAAGAAUUACAAGGUCCAAGUUGUGUGUCAGGGUAUCGAGGGAAUGUGGCAUACCCUUCAACUCAAAUACGGACUGUGUGUUCCAAGAGACAAGGUGCAGAGGAUUUUAAAGGAGCUUGACCCAAACGGCACCGAAGAACGAAAGCUGCACCGGAUUAAGAGGAGCACAUAUAGAUCGAAUGGCCCAAAUGAAUGUUGGCACGUCGAUGGUUAUGAUAAACUAAAACCAUUUGGCUUUCCAAUACAUGGAAAGAAGUUUAUCCACCAAGUUGUGCGGCUUUGUUUAAGAUGA